AUGAAAAACACGUCGGUCUUGUUGCCAACGUCUCUCUGGAUGUCCCGCCCCCGAGGGAGGCGGUUCAUGCGAAUGACGGUGUCGUACGUGUCGAUCUCGUCUCCUGCCGCCUUGCCCAGCAGCACGCUCGACGAGCCCACCAGGGCGCACCUACGAGGUUGCUCGACGCGCUCGAAACCCAUGCCGCGCUCGAGAUCCAGCACCGCCGACAAUUCCAAACUGCCGGACGGAAUCGCAGACACGCCUUCGCCGUCGGCGCUGGCCUCGCCAGUGCCGCCUACGUUGCCAGCACCCGGAGCGCCGACCGCAGGCGCGGCCGCUGGGCGGGCGACGCCACCACCGGCAACUGCCGGUGGGACUGCUGCUCCCGCGGUUGGUGCAGCGCCUGCAGCUCCUGCCGGGCCCGAGCUGCGCAUCGCGAACAGCUUCCAGCAGCCAUCGACCUUGUCCCUGCACGCGCCUCGGAACGCGUAG